AUGUCUGACAGUUCGGAUCAGCUGUCAUCGCCGAAUAGCGACUGCAACAGUCAAAUUGGCGUCGUUCAUCGCAACGCAACUGCCCAGUACGGCAACACGACGUCGAUGUCCGGUCUCAGCUUGUCUCAUCAUCCGCAGAAUCUGACACCCACGUCGAACGGUAGCCCUCAGUAUCCUCAGGAGCUGUCUACCUGCAGCACAGCCAGCGUGAGCGCCAAUAUCGUGAACAUCAGCAGCCUCUCCUUCGGCGGUACCACUAGCAACUUCACUUCCGAGCAGAUAUCCUGUAUGUGCGAAGCACUGUCCCAAAGCCAGGACAUCGAGAAACUGUCCAGAUUUCUCUGGUCCUUACCUCCCGGCGAGCUGCUUCGCGGAGGAGAGAGCGUGCUGAUGGCGCGUGCCGCCGUUGCCUUUCAUCGUGGAUCCUAUCACGAGCUCUACUCGAUCUUGGAGAGCCACGCUUUCUCGCCGCGUCGUCACCCCGAGUUGCAGCAGAUGUGGUUCAAAUCGCACUAUCGCGAAGCCGAGAAAAUUCGCGGCCGACCGUUGGGCGCCGUGGACAAGUAUCGGCUCCGCAAGAAGUACCCGCUGCCGAAGACGAUCUGGGACGGCGAGGAGACCGUUUACUGCUUCAAGGAGCGCUCGAGGAACGCUCUGAAGGAGUGCUACAUGAAAAACCGAUACCCCACGCCGGACGAGAAGAAGAACCUCGCGAAGAAGACCGGCCUGACGUUGACUCAGGUGUCCAAUUGGUUCAAGAACCGUCGGCAGAGGGAUCGCACGCCGCAGGCGAGAACGGACAUGAUACCGUUGAACUGUCAGGCUACGAACAACAGCGUGAUCAGCAGUUCGGUGAGCAACGGCGGCAGCAUCCAAUCCCUGCAGAGCAUCGACUCGGACAGUCCGAAUCUCGCGAUGUCGCCCUUAUCGAACAUAGGCAUGUCACCGGUCGCCAUGAACCCGUGCAGUCCUAUGGGCAUGAGCCCAAUGGGGCCUCAUCACGGCUACGCUACCCCCGUCACCCCGUCGUCCGUUCACACCGCACACUCCCAUAACGGUGGACUGAGCCCUAUGAACGACGUCAAGGCCCUUUGUUACGGACGUAGCGUGUACGACACAGGAAAAGACGUGGAGCAGAGCUCGGUGUACUACACCAGUCACUCCAGUAUGCACCACCAAUAUUACCAGCAGACGCAUCAUCAGAUGAUGUCCAGCUCCCAUCACCACCAUCACCAUCAGCAGAGUAUGCCGGCCGGCUACGAGAUUAUGCUGCCGCCGCCUCAGCACUCCAUGUGA